CUUUGUUUCUGUCUCCGGUCUCGCCUCGUUUUUAACCCUAGUUAACUUUUUAACCCCUCAGCCUUCGGUCUUCAUCCUUCAACGUUCACUCUCUCUUCUCUUCUUCUUUCUCUUUCUCUCCUGUUAUAUAUUAAUAUAAGCACUCUUUCCCUUCUCUAUCUCACAAGAGCUUUUUUUUUUUGUGGGUUCUUCAAGACCAAAUUAAUUCCCCUUAAAACAAUUAAAAUCUCCAUUUUUGAUCCCUUUCUUUGACUACCCUUUACUUCUUUUCUUCUAAAUUUGAUUCAAGAACCCAAGAUUGUUUCUAUUUUCCACUUUUUAUUUUGUUUUGGGGUUUAAAUUAGAAAAAGACCCAGAAAGAAAAGAAAUAAGAGCUUCUCUGGGUUUCUUUGGGUUUUCGGAGAAUAUUAAUAAUUCGACAAAUUUAAGGUUGUUCGUUUUUCUGGUGUUUUUUUUUUUCUUUUGAAAAAUGGUGGUGAAGAUGAUGAGGUGGCGACCAUGGCCGCCUCUGGUUUCAAAAAAGUACGAGGUAAAGCUAAUUGUAAGGAGGUUAGAAGGGUGGGAUCUGGUCGGGGAAGGUUCAGAGAAGUCACCGAAAUUAACGGUCGAGAUUCGAUGGAAAGGUCCAAAGGCUUCUCUCAGUUCUCUAAGGCGAACGGUUAAGAGGAAUUUCACGAAGGAAGUCGACGGCGUUGACGAAAACAGCGCCGUUGUAUGGGAUGAGGAGUUUCAAACCCUUUGUAGCUUUUCGGCUUAUAAAGAGAAUGUGUUUCAUCCUUGGGAGAUUGCUUUCUCUGUCUUGAAUGGCUUGAAUCAGGGGCUGAAGAACAAGGUUCCUGUUGUUGGGACAGUGUCAUUGAAUCUUGCUGAAUAUGCUUCUGCUGCUGAACAGAAAGAGUUUGAGUUAAACAUCCCCCUCAUACUCUCCAAUGGUGCUACUGAACCUGGUCCCCAACUCUGUAUAUCACUUAGCCUGUUAGAACUAAGAACUGCUCAAGAUACAACAGAGCCAGUACAGAGGGCAUUGGUGCCUGUUGCUUCACCUUCCCGCUCCGGCGAAACCGUCUCAAUGGAAAAGGAUGAGCUUUCUGCAAUUAAAGCUGGUCUUAGAAAAGUGAAAAUUUUUACAGAUUAUGUUUCGACUAGAAGAGCAAAAAAAGCCUGUCGAGAGGAUGAGGGCAGUGAAGGAAGGUGUUCUGCCCGGAGUGAUGAUGGUGAGUAUCCAUUGGACACAGAUUCACUCGACGAUUUUGAUGAAGGAGAAUCAGAUGAGGUAAAGGAUGACUCUGUUGUAAGGAAAUCAUUUAGUUAUGGUACUCUGGCAUCAGCAAAUUAUGCUGGAGGAUCAUUUUACUCCAGCAUGAGGAUCAAUGAGGAAGGUGAGGAUUGGGUGUACUACAGCAAUCGCAAAUCAGAUGUUGGCUGCUCAAAUGUUGAGGAUUCUGCUGCAUCUGUGUCAGAGCCAUCCCUGUUGCAGAGUUCCAAGCGUAGCAUUUUGUCUUGGAGAAAAAGAAAGCUAAGCUUCAGGUCUCCAAAAGCAAAAGGGGAACCAUUGUUAAAGAAAGCCUAUGGAGAAGAAGGUGGAGAUGACAUUGAUUUUGACCGCCGGCAGCUUAGCUCUGACGAAUCUCAUGCCCAUGGGUGGCACAAGACAGACGAAGAUUCAUCUGCAAAUCGUUCAUCCGUUUCUGAAUUUGGGGACGAUAAUUUUGCUAUUGGCAGUUGGGAGCAGAAAGAAGUGGUGAGCCGUGAUGGACACAUGAAGCUUCAAGCACAGGUCUUCUUUGCUUCUAUUGAUCAACGGAGCGAGCGAGCAGCCGGUGAAAGUGCAUGUACAGCCCUUGUUGCUGUUAUUGCUGAUUGGUUUCAGAACAACCAUGAUCUGAUGCCUAUUAAGUCUCAAUUUGAUAGUUUGAUUAGAGAAGGCUCAUUGGAAUGGAGGAACCUCUGUGAGAAUGAAACCUAUAGGGAACGGUUCCCUGACAAGCACUUUGACCUUGAGACAGUUCUCCAAGCAAAAUUACGUCCUCUUUCUGUAGUGCCAAGGAAGUCAUUUAUUGGAUUUUUCCAUCCAGAAGGGAUGGAUGAGGGAAGAUUUGACUUUUUGCAUGGUGCAAUGUCUUUUGAUAACAUCUGGGAUGAGAUUAGUCGUGCUGGUGCAGAAUGUCCAAACAGUGGUGAACCUCAGGUUUACAUUGUUAGUUGGAAUGACCAUUUUUUUAUCCUCAAGGUUGAACCAGAGGCUUACUACAUCAUUGACACAUUAGGAGAGAGGCUUUAUGAGGGAUGCAAUCAAGCUUACAUCUUGAAAUUUGACUGCAAUACUGUAAUUCACAAGCUACCCAAUGUGGCUCAAUCUUCAGAUGAUAAGUCGAAUAGUGACCAGCAGAUUGCUACAGCUGCUGCAGAACCCAAAAAUGCACAGGUUCAACAGGUCAACAGGAAGGAGGAGGGUUCUGCUGCAGGGCCUAUAGUAACCAAAUCUGAGGAAUCAAUCAAGAGUGAAGAGAGAGAGGAGGUUGUUUGCCAAGGAAAGGAGUCCUGCAAGGAAUACAUAAAGAGCUUCUUGGCUGCUAUACCUAUUAGGGAGUUGCAGGCAGAUAUCAAGAAGGGUUUAAUGGCUUCAACACCGCUCCAUCACCGAUUACAGAUUGAAUUCCACUAUACUGAGUUCUUGCAAUCACUACCUGCAACUUCUGCAACUCCAAUGACAACUGCUACUCAAAUGGCAACGGCCACGCAACUCUCAGUUGAAGUUCCGUUAACUGAAGUUGCUGCAUAGAGACUUGCUGUAAAUUCUAGGAAAAGUGUGAUUACUCUAACUUGUUUUCUUUGUUUUACUAUGGGUAUCUUGUGAUGUGAAUGGGGUUUAACAGAGAGGAACCCGUAUGAGCCUUUUUUUUUUUCCCAAUCAGUUUGGCGAAUAGAGUUGUGUUUUCUCCUAAGUUGGCUGGAAAUAUAACAUUUAACUUUUUCUCAUA